AAAUGCAGCCUCGUUUUCAAUUUGGACCUAGCAGUCAUUAAUGUCAACUUCUUCUUGUGUUUUGAAUGGUGUCUCAUGUUGAUACUCUACAUCACAUUGAAAGCAAAUGGCAAUCAAAGUCAGUGAAAAGUCGGAAGCACAAAACUGUACAACAUUUGAAUACAACAAAUGUUAAGAAGAAAUUGACUGUGAUUUUUUUCAUUACAACUAACCAUAAGUAUGCAUCCUGUGAUGGAAUGUGUCCUUGGUGGGCUUAGUACUAGCUGUGCUUGUUUCUUUUCCAAUCCCCUGGAAGUUAUUAAGACACGUAUGCAGCUUCAAGGUGAGCUGCAAGGCAGAGGCACAUACAAGGUGCAUUACCGGAAUGUCUUUCAUGCAUUUUACACAGUAGGAAAAGUUGAUGGUCUAGCUGCACUGCAAAAGGGCCUUGUCCCAGGCUUGUACUACCAGGUGGUCAUGAAUGGUCUUCGGCUUGGUUGUUACCAGAUUAUGACUAAUGCAGGACUGACAAAGAAUCCUGAUGGUUCAUUGAAUUAUAUACACUGCAUAUUAGCUGGGGCAACCUCUGGAUGUAUUGGUGCAUUCUUUGGAAGUCCAAUGUACAUGAUGAAAACACAACUACAAGCAGAAGCAAGUAAUACAAUUGCCGUUGGAACACAGCAUCACCACAAAGGUUUCUUAAAUGCAUUACGCACAGUUGUAGCGAAGCAUGGAAUUCUGGGAUUGUGGCGUGGUGUAACGGGUGCCAUGCCAAGGGUUACAAUAGGGUCUGCAGCGCAGUUAUCUUCGUUUUCGAAAGCAAAAGAAGAGAUUGUUAACCGUAAGAUUUUCAAAGAGAACAGCAUUUUCAUCCCAUUGUCAGCAAGCAUGAUUGGCAGCUUAUUCGUUGUUGUUGCCAUGACUCCGUUUGAUGUUGUAAGCACACGACUGUACAACCAAGCUGUUACUGCCGAUGGGCGUGGUCUUUUGUAUUCUGGUUUCAUCGAUUGCCUUUAUAAGAUUUUUAGAAAAGAAGGUUUGAUUGGGUUUUAUAAAGGAAUUGGAGCAUCAUAUUUCAGGCUAGGACCUCAUACAAUUCUAAGUCUUGUAUUUUGGGAUAAGCUGCGUAGCUUCUAUAUUUCAAAUUUUUAAAAAGAGAGCUGAUAUCAAUAUUUUUAAUCAGAAUUGUAAUAUGAUUGUGUAAUUAAUCAAUAAGGCAUAUUUUGUAAUAAUUUAUGUUGUCUCUAUUUUCCAACGAUAAGUUGAAAAGCCAAAAGUUGAAUUGUGAAAGUUCAUUGUAAUAAGAAUCAAGAUAGUCUUCCUUUAUAUAUUCAUAUUAUCUAGACCUAGAUAAAUUUCGAAAACAGCAAACAAGGCACGAUAGGUUUUCAGAUCUAGCUGUGCUUAACAAUGUUUUGAGAGACGUGUUUUUGGAACUUUUGAAACUGAAUGCAUGGAAAUUUUUAAACUUUUAUAUGAAAUAUAUGAAAUGUAAAAUAAUGCCUCUUCUGUUAAUGUGUGAAAAACGAAAUUUGCUCGUACUAUUAUGCAAUCCAAACUCUAUUGAUAUUUUUAUUGUAAGUUGUGUUUUGAACAUUUACCUCAGGCGUCGUUUUUUGUUUAUGUUGCGCCAUUUUGACGUAUCUAUCUGGGUCAUGUUACAAUAUAUAUUUUGAUAUUUGUUGCUUCACAUUUCCCUAUGAUCAACGAAAACGAAUGAAAUUGAUAAUGUCGUGCCCCAUGUUAGAUGCACAUUGCUGCUUCUGGCUUCAGUGUUUUCACAAUUUCGAAGAUGUUGUGAGCUUUGGUUUACUGUCAAUCAUUAAGUAGGCCCGGGAAUUUUUCAAUUUUUUAACGGCGCUCGCUCGAAGUGGGUGCUAAUUUGAUGACCGUAAGUAUUUGUAAAAGUUGGAAUAGAAUGCAGGAGACCAUGAGGCCCAAUGUCUGCAUUUGGUCAAGUCUGCACUCGAAAAGAUUGUCAAAUAUGUACAAUUAUACUUAAGACACCUAAAGCCUUGAUAAACCUAAUUAUGCUUGGGACGAGUUUAAACAACAUUGGUCCUGCCAUGGAACGGAUAUUAUUUGAAAUAUUAAAACCAACGAUGUGUUUCUCUUCAUUAUCACUAAAUCUAUGCUAUAAAGCCUUCACAGUGUUCAAUUAUUCUACGCUCUUUAUCACUUAUUCUAAACUAAAUCUUCUCGAUUUUCUCCUUCUACCAAAGAGAUUUAAAUUUUACAAAGGAUUACAAAGGAAGUCUCAACAUGGGGUUUGAAGAGAAGUGUCUUUUUAAAACUGUUUUUCCAAAUCUUUUUUCUAUGCCUUCCCUACUUACAGAUCGUACAAGAUACAUUUUUAAACUAGCAGAAUCUUCCUGCUGUUAUACAGUUUGUCCUUUUGUUUAAUCUAUCUAUCAAAAACACUUUCACCUCCUGUUUCAACCUGUAACCUUUGCGCAUAUCGUUCCUUGCAGGCAGUGCUUGCUACGUGCCAUGUCUUUGGGUGAACGCAGUAGUAUCCCUAAGCUGUCAAUAUAGGUUCUUCCUUUAAUGAAAGAAUCUCAAAUAACUGAUUAGUUUUUUGUUGAAUAACAAGCAUAUUCCUUAUUUUCUUAAGCAAUGUUGAUGUUUAUAUCAGAGCCUUUGCAAAUUGCAAUAAGGUUUUUUCAAAUGCCUUGAUUUUCAUUCUCAUCAUUCUUUGAUGAUAGCAGAAUCUUCCGGUCAGUCAUGACUGACGUCGAGCUGGAUCCAUGGUUGAACGAAUCUUGUCUCAAACCUUUUCAAAGCCGAAAACGGGCGCUCUGGAGAAGGGAGGCUUAUAGGUGAGAAAACUGUAAUUGCAUAAGCUCGGCACAAUGCUUAAUAUGCAUCAAGAAGAUAUGCAAGAGCAUCGAUGAACGAGGACAUUUUUUCGACAUACUUUUGUGUUGGCCUGUCCUUUCUGGUUAAUGGGACUGAAAAAUUGUCUGUUUAAGCCUUGAGCAAGCGCUCUCGAAAUUUCACCUGACAACGCUCGACGAUUUGUCGACUCGAAUGGACUUUCUAUUGUAUUAGGUCCUGUGGAGCUUUGUAGAGAGCGUUAGGCCACCUUCUCGAUUUUCUUCUCGACCGUUACGAAUUAUCGCACGUGCAUUUUGCUACAUACAAAGUUUACCCGCCAAAGCUGAUUUUAUUAGUGGUCCCCUCAGGUUUCUCUCAUUAGGUUUGCUUAUAUUUUUAAAUGGAAAGCUGCAGCUAUUUCGACCGUAUUUUUGAUUGAAAUUUAGAUCGCAAUGUCUAUAAACUAGGUCCGAUUGAAAGCAACGAUAAGAAUAAAUUCGAAAUGAUCUUGACCAUGAAGCCAAGAAAUUUAAAUCAUGUUUCAAACAGAAAAAGAAACUGGGCGUAAACAGGCAAGAGGCAAGAAUGAUAAUGUCCACCGUGUCAAGAUGUGAUUGCCUAAUAUACUUGUAACACCAUGCAGGAUAUACCUGCUUAAGAAAUUCUGAAAUAAAAGGUAGGUUUGAUGCCAGCCUUGCUUAGGAAUUUAUGACUAUAUUUUCACCA